AUGCUACAAUUACUAGAAGUUCAUUAUAUAGAAUGUCCUCAAGUAAGGUGCAGUGAACCAUGUCCUUACGGUUUUGUCAUUGAUGGAAAUGGCUGUCAAACUUGUGAAUGUGAACCUAGAUGUGGACCUGUUUGUGCUAUAUCCUGUCCCUUUGGUAAUGUACUGGAUGAAAACAACUGUCCAACUUGUGAAUGUAAAACAGGAUGCGCAGGUAAUGUUGAACCAAAACCUUUAAGCAGCUGUGGUGAAGGUCAACACAUAUGUCCGUUUAGAUAUCAAUGCACUAUACCCCCAGGAGGUGGCACUGGGGUAUGCUGUCCUUAUGGUAUGAUUUUCUUUGUGUUACACAAUAUUAAUAAUUUCUAG